UGCUGGUCGGGAGGGAUGCCCUCCUUAUCUUGGAUCUUGGAUUUGACGUUGUCGAUCGUGUCCGAAGACUCCACCUCGAGGGUGAUAGUCUUGCCCGUAAGGGUCUUCACGAAGCUGUUGCCACGCCGGGUUAUGUCAGUCAAUCAACUCAUUUCAUCCUUUUGCCACAUCUCGACCGGGUUCGCGCGGCGCAAUCGGUGCGCGCUCGGCAUUGAUUUUUGGCGAUUUCGAUGGGGAGAUGGGCCGUGGAAUGGAGCUUACAUCUGCACUAAUGUAUCGUCAGCAUGAAGCGAAAAUACGGCUACUUCGGGAGGGAUGUUGACUUACUCUUGGCGGCCUGUCGUGAGGAUUUGUGGUUGUUCUGUGAGAGAGAUCGGGG